AUUCGUCAACAAGCCGCAGGAUGAGCAGCUAUCCGAACGGCGUCCGCGAGUGCUGGGGCGACUACCGCAACGAAGAGGACCUUGAGAUCCCGACGCAGGCGCUGUACCAGCACCAGAAGAAGCUGCCGAACCUGCCCGUGCCCACGCUCGAGGCCACAUGCGCGCUCUACCUGCAGACGGUCCGCCCGCUCGCGACCGACGCCGAAUUUGCCGAGACCAAGAAGGCCGUCCAGGCCUUCCUCGAUGGCCCGCUCGGACCGACGCUGCAGCAGCGCCUCCUCGAGCGCGCGGCCUCGCGGCCCAACACGUCGUACCUUGCCGAAUGGUGGAACACGCUCGGCUACCUCGAAGUCCGCGACCCGGUCGUCUUUUAUGUGAGCUACUUUUUCCACUUUAGCGACGCAGCGCAUGCGCUGCAGCGGUCGCAGGUCGGCCGCGCCGCGAGCCUCCUCGUCGCCACCAUGGCAUUCCGCAACCAAGUCGCGUCGGGUACGCGGCCGCCCGAGGUGCUCGGCCGUGGCAAGACGCCGCUCUGCGCGACCGCGUACAAGUACAUGUUUAACGCGUGCCGCAUUCCGCACCGCAGCGCGGACUCGUACCGUAUUUACGACCCGAGCUUGCACCACCACAUUGUGGUCUUGCGCAACAACAAGUACUUCAAGGUGCAGCAGUCGGCGACGCCGCUCACGUUCCUCGAAUGGACCACCGUCCUCGACAAGAUUAUCGCGAUCGCUGGCGGCAAGGAGUCGGCGAUCGGCGUGCUCUCGUCGCAAGACCGCGACGUGUGGGCCGAUGGCCGCGACCAGCUCCUCGUCGAUGGCAACGAAGCGUCACUCAAGGACAUCGAGUCGGCGGUCGUCGUGCUCUGCCUCGACGACGAGACGCCCGUCUCGCGCACCGAAGUCGCGCGCGGCCUUUGGCACGGCAACGGCCGCAACCGCUUCUACGACAAGACGAUCCAGCUCGUCGUGUACGAGAAUGGCAAGGCCGGGAUUCUCGCCGAACACUCGAUGCUGGACGGGAUGGCCAUGAGCGUGUACGCAGACUUUAUGCUCACCGGUCUCCGCAACGGCUCGAUCGACCUCGGCGAUCUGACGACGCCCCAUGACGCGCUCCACUUGCCUGCGAUCACGCAGCUGCCGUUCAACAUUACGCGUGCGACGCUGCGCAACAUUGCGUUGGCCGAGCACAGCUUCGACCUGCUUGUCGCGGACCACGAAGUGCACGUCGAGUCCUUCUACGGUUAUGGCAACGCCCUCAUGAAGACGUUCAAGUGCAGCCCGGACGCCUAUGUGCAAAUGGCGAUUCAGCUCGCGGCGCGCAAGUACUGGGGCAAGGACGUUGGCACGUACGAAGCGUCGCAGGUGCGCCCGUACCUCCACGGCCGCACCGAAACGACGCGCAGCUGCUCGAUCGCGAGCAAGGCGUUUGUCGAUGCAAUGGUCUCUUCGGGCCCGCUCGAGCGCGUCAGCGACAAGGCCAAUGCCUGCCGCAACGCGUGUGCCUCGCACGUGCAGUACAUGAAGCUCGCGGCGCAGUCCAAGGGCGUCGACCGUCACUUUCUCGGGCUGCGCUUGCUUCUGCAGCCGGGCGAGUCGGCGGCGAUCUUUGAGGACCCGCUCUUCGCGCGCUCCAAGUACUGGCAGAUCUCGACGAGCCACUUGACGCACGAGCUCUUUGACGGCUGGGGCUGGGGCGAGGUGGUCGCCGACGGCGUCGGCAUUGCCUACAGCAUCAAGAAGAACUCGGUGCACUUUAACAUUGCGUGCCGCAAGACGAUUCCGCUCUCGAUGUCGCGCGCGUUUGGCCAUUUGCUCGAAGAAAGCCUCCUCGAGAUGCGCCAUGUCUUUGAAGCGGAGAUGCCGCCGCAGGCCAAGCUCUAAGCUGAUAGGACUCUAAUACCAUUGCAUGGAGUUUGUGUGCACCGAC